AAGCAUUUCAGCGUUAAAUUUCACCCACUAAUUUUCUCAUCACAUAAAAAAAAGAAAGAAAGGAAAGUAACAUAAAAAGGGAAAUAUACGAUUUGGGAAGAACUUCAAUCCCUAAUUAGGAAUUUAGGAGUGUUUAUCUGUAGUUCGAUUAUGGCAGCAAUGAGAGCGGCACCUACCGCGGUGAUGCUUGCUCGAUCAAUCUUCCGGCCUCCGCUUCAUGCGCAAGUCUCAGCUCGUUUUUUUCGCGCCUCGCCAUCGGCCGGUGGCUUCACCUUGCUGCGGUGGCGAGCGCCGACUGGUUACUGCGCCGUGAGGUGCAGUUCUUCGAAAUCCGGCGGCCAGGAUAAGAAGUCGCCUGCGCGGCUAGUGGAGGUUCAGCGACUUUUGGACGAAGCAGAGGAACGGUAUAAAGCUGCCGGAGGUGGCGCCGAGCCCAUUCCUCAAAUAACUCUAGAUGAAAUCCCUUCUAAUUAUACAUCGCGUAAUGGAAUGGGAAGAAAUUGUUCAGUUUAUGCCAACAAACUCUCUCUCACUCAUUCAUCUUCAUUUUUUGCGGAACUCUUGGAAACCUGCACAAAAUCCAAGUCCCCACGCGAUGUACGCACAACUCAUGCUUGUGUUCUCAAAUCCCAGUUCAGUGAUGAAGUUUUCAUCAACAACAGGCUCAUUGAUGUUUACGGGAAAUGUGGCUGUCUCAAGUAUGCCCAAAAACUGUUUGGUAAUAUGCCAACAAGAAAUGCCUUUAGUUAUAACUCGAUCAUAGGUGCAUUAGUGGCAUCAGGUUCAGUUGUUGAGGCUGAAAGAGUUUUUACUGCAAUGCCUGAACCGGAUCAGUGUUCAUGGAACUUAAUGAUCUCUGGUUUUGCUCAGUACGAGGUGUUUGAUAGGUCGGUGGAGCAUUUUGCAAAAAUGCACGAUGAGAACUUUGUAUUGAAUGAGUACAGCUAUGGUAGCGCGCUUAGUGCUUGUGCCGGGCUGAGGGAUGUUGUAGUGGGUACACAAAUUCAUGGCUCUCUGGCUAAGUCAAGGUUUUUGUCUGAUGUUUAUAUGGGGUCUGCACUCGUUGAUAUGUAUGCUAAGUGUGGGGAUGUGGAUUGUGCUGAAAAGGCUUUUCUUGGAAUAGGGGAGCGGAAUAUUGUGUCUUGGAAUAGUAUGAUUACUUGCUAUGAACAAAAUGGGCCAGCGAAUAAAGCACUUGAGGUUUUUCAUAAGAUGAUGGAAUGUGGAGUUCAGCCGGAUGAGAUGACUCUAGCGAGCGUUGUUAGUGCAUGUGCAAGCCUCUCUGCUCUUAAAGAGGGCCUGGAAAUUCAUGCACGAGUGGUGAAAUAUGAUAAGUUAUGCAAUGAUCUUGUGAUAUCCAAUGCAUUAGUUGAUAUGUAUGCCAAAUGUAGAAAGAUAAAGGAAGCACGGUGGAUUUUUGAUCGGAUGCCGAUAAGAAAUGUGGUAUCCGAGACAUCAAUAAUUAGUGGUUAUGCCAAAGCUGCUAGUGUUGAAGCUGCAAGAAGUGUGUUUUCCAAGAUGAUGGAAAGGAAUGUUGUGUCAUGGAAUGCACUUAUUGCUGGGUACACACAAAAUGGGGACAAUGAAGAGGCGUUGCGUUUGUUUCUUCUCUUGAAAAGGGAAGCUAUGUGGCCUACACACUAUACAUUUGGAAACCUACUGAAUGCUUGUGCAAAUCUUGCUGACUUAAAGCUUGGUAGACAAUCUCAUAGCCAUGUCCUGAAGCAGGGACUCCGAUUCCAACAUGGCCCGGAAUCGGAUGUUUUCGUUGGUAAUUCUCUGAUCGACAUGUAUAUGAAAUGUGGGUCGGUUGAAGAUGGGAGCAAAGUGUUUGACACCAUGAUUGAAAGAGACGUUGUUUCAUUCAAUGCCAUGAUUGUUGGAUUUGCACAAAACGGACAAGGGGGGGAAGCCCUUGAGUUGUUUAGGAAAAUGCUGGAGUUUGGAGAAAACCCAGAUGAUUUGACCAUGAUAGGGGUUCUCUGUGCCUGUAGUCAUGCAGGAUUAGUUGAAGAAGGGCGUCGCUACUUUGACUCAAUGAGGAAGGAGUACAGUCUAGAACCUAAGAAGGACCAUUACACAUGUAUGGUUGAUUUACUAGGUCGAGCUGGUAUGCUCAUCGAGGCUAAGAACUUGAUACUCUCUAUGCCAAUCCCUCCUGACGUCGUUGUGUGGGGAUCUUUGCUUGCAGCUUGCAAAGUUCACCACAACGUUGAGUUGGGAAAUUUUGUUGCUGAAAAACUUAUAGAGAUUGAUCCCCAAAAUUCUGGGCCUUACGUUCUGCUCUCGAACAUGUAUGCUGAGGCUGGGAAAUGGAGAGAUGUGACGAGGGUUCGGAAGCUGAUGAGACGGCAUGGUGUCGUCAAACAGCCCGGAUGUAGCUGGAUUGAGAUUGGGAGCCAUGUGCAUGUUUUCAUGGCCAAAGAUAGUAGACAUUCACAAAAGAGGGAAAUAUAUUCAUUAUUGAGAAUUCUUGCUAAGAUGAUGAAGAUGAGAGGAUAUGCUCCUAAUGUUACUGAUUUUUUAUGGUGAUAAGGAAACAGAAUAAAAUCAUGUUUCUGUAAGCUAUGCCAGGAGUAGUGGGCCUGGAGGGCAAAAUGUCAACAAAGGAGAAGAACCGGAUCAACAAGGACGGGGAGAUUGUUAUUUCGUCAACAAAGACUAGAACUCAAAAGGGCAACAUUGAAGAUGCAUUGUCAAAACUACAGGCUAUUAUCGAUGCUGCUUCAUAUGUUCCCCCACCUCC